ACGAGAGUUUCCUAAAGUUUUAGCCUGUCAGUUUUUGUAUGAUAUCAUGGUUUUCACACGCUAAUGUAGAUCGAAAUAACCUUGGCACAUCUUUAACUGCUUUGGAAUUGAAACAGAGCGCAAGUCUGUAAAGACAGGUGGACCAUCGACCACAUAAAAUAUGUCCAUGCGAUCAGUCCCAGACACAAUAGCUAUUACUUGUGCGACAGUCCUUUCCGUUCUUGUCAUCGUUGUUAUAACGGGAAACUCUACUGUUUGUACGAUCAUACUGAAAUAUCGCGAUAUGAGAAUUCCAAUCAAUUUCCUUCUUGUGAACCUGGCUGUUUCGGACAUUAUGAUUGCAAUAUUUCUUGCACCAGAGUACAUCUUCAGUCUGAUGUUUACCCAUCCUAAUGGAGUGACUGGGACAGUUCUAUGCAGGCUACUGACUGGAGGAAACUUUGCAUGGGUUGGAGCAUCUUCGUCUGUCUUCACCCUGGUUUUUAUCGCCAUUGAGCGAUAUUAUGCAGUAAUAUAUCCAUAUGAUGAAAAGGGAAAGCUUACCCAUACCAAACUUAAGGUAAUUAUUCCUUUCUGUUGGAUUCUUGCAUUUAUCUUGAAUGUACCAACUUUCUUGGCCUUGAACUUCAAGAACACCUUAGGUGACUGCGAGGAAGACUGGCCUCAGGAGUGGAUGGGCAUAGCCAAUAGCAUGAACUGGUUGGUGACUAUGACCGUUCUUCCCAUGACACUGAUGACUGCGUUUUAUUCGAGAAUCGUGUGCACAUUGUGGUUCACACCAACUGAUGAUAAUCAACUUUCACAUCGACAGAAGGCUGUGAUCAAGUUGCGGAAGCGGGUCACCGCGAUGGUAAUAACUGUCAGCUUCAUAUUUGGAGUCUGUUGGUUCACCGACUCGACAUUUUAUUUCUUGCAUUUUAUCAACUCUCCUUACUGUGAUGUUGUUUUUUAUAUUACUACCAUACUGAUCCUAUUUAAUUCUGCUGUCAACCCGUUUGUGUACGCCCUGAUUAACCAAAGAUUCCGCCAAAAGAUCAAGACAAUGUUCCGAUGCAAUUGCGUCGCUACAAACAGAAUUGGCCCCACUAUCCAUUCCACCGGUAAAAUAGUAUUGCCGAUCGUGGCUACCACUCUACCAAAUCUUCAAGACAAAGUUAAUGCAGGGGAAAGUGAUUUCAACAAUUGACUGGAAAAAUAUCGACGAGAACGUUAAGUUUGCGAACUUCACUUGUUUAGUAAACAAUUAGAAGUAAGUAGAGACAAGGUAACAAUGGACUGCAAUUAAUCUGAUAAAUUCAUGGUCUUCUAGAAAUUGUAUGUACAUGGUGUAGUAACAGAGACUAUCCUCUUUACUUUGUAAAGUAUGCAUUAAUAAUAACGAUAAAAGUAAUAACUGGGGUAAUGACAACGACGAU